AUGAAAUUAAUGAAAGGGGUGACAUUUGAUAGUAUCUGUUAUUACUACUAUUAUUACUACAUCGUGUGUCUCAUGGUGAUCUUAAUGGUACACGGAUCUCACGCAGAGGAUUAUUAUGGACGGAAAGAUGGAAACUCCGGCCAAAUAGCUAACACCAUAACCGGCGAUCUCAAUGGUGCUGGAAACUACAAAACGGUCCAAAAUGCCAUAAAUUCAAUCCCUCUUCAAAACCAAAAUUGGACUCUUAUCCUCAUAAAAAACGGCAUUUACAAAGAGAAAGUAAGGAUACCACAAGAUAAAGGAUUCAUAUACAUGCAAGGUGGAGGAAUUGAAAAGACGAUUAUAGCUUACGAAAAAGAACAUCUGCUUACUGAUGCUACUGCCACUUUCACUAGCUUUUCUGACAACAUCAUCAUCUCUGGGAUCACUUUCAAAAAUACCUAUAAUAUUAAUUUAAAGACCUCUUUAAGGAGGCCAAUUAAACCAGCAGUUGCUGCGAGGAUGCUUGGAGACAAAUACGUAGUGAUCGAUUCUAGUUUUGAUGGUUUUCAAGAUACUUUGUUCGACGGUUUAGGCAGACAUUACUACAAAAAUUGUGUUAUCACUGGUGGCAUCGAUUUCAUUUUUGGCUAUGCCCAAUCCAUUUUCGAGGGAUGUACGUUGAACGUAACGAUGGGAUUCUAUGAACCGAAAAAUCCUUACGGGUCGAUAACGGCGCAUGGAAGACAAUCAUUGAUAGAGAACGGAGCAUUUGUGUUUAAAGACUGCACCGUUACGGGAAAUGGGAAGGCGUUGCUGGGACGAGCAUGGAAACCGUACGCACGUGUCAUCUACCGCUGUCAAAUUUCCGACAGUAUUUUACCUAUUGGUUGGGAUGCUUGGGAAGCAAAAGGCCAAGAGUAUGGACCAUAUAACGUUUAUGGAGUUUGGUUGCACUGGACCUGGAGCGAACACGUCACAGAGAGUGCCAUGGCUCAAGAAGGCUAG